CGCUGCCUGCCUGUUGCUAGGGAAGUUUUACUUUUUCCCCUCUUCGUGUUUGUCUUUUGGCCGUGAAAGGUUUCUCUUUUCAAAGAGAGCUGGAAUCUGGAUCUAAACUGGACGGCGGAUAGCUCCAUUAUUGCUCAGGGUUAUUGGCUUCUGCACUAACAGUCCCGCCCACAACUCAGAGUCACGACAGCAGGACCAAAGGAGUUCCUGAGUUCCUCCAGGAGAUGGCAGCACAGACCUCACACAGAACCUCCAGCCGUCAUUCCUUUUUUUGAUGUCCUCCAGGAGAUCUGAGAAGGAUGGUCGACCCUGAGCCGUCUGCAGUAAGAUCAGGCCUGUCCUGUGGAAUAACGACUUCGACGGAUGGGCAGGCGCUGUGGAUGGAUCCAGAAUGAGUGUUGAGCCGAUUCUGGAGGAGAGGCUGAUCAAGCGUUCACAGCAGAAGAAAAUAACUUCACCUCUCAACUACAAGGAACGGCUGUUCGUCCUCACCAAGAACAAGCUGACGUACUACGACGGCAAGCCGGAGAAGAAGUUCAAAAAAGGCUCGAUCGAGCUCAGCCGCAUCCGAUGCGUUGAAAUCGUCAAGAACGGAGGUGGGACCAUCCCCUGCCAGAACAAGUACCCCUUCCAGAUCGUGUACGACACCAACACCCUGUAUGUGUUCGCCCCGAGUCAGUCCAGCAGGAGCAUCUGGGUCCAGAGCCUGAAAGACGAGAUCAAGGACAACCAGGUGGUUCUGGUGAAGUUUCACCCCCUGUUCUGGCUGGACGGGGCGUGGCUCUGCUGUCGUCAGGUGGAAAAACAGGCCCUGGGCUGCGAGGAGUACAACCUGUUUGGAGACAUUACAAGGAAGCCUCUUCCUCCACUUCCUGUAAAGCGCCAGCCCCCUCCCCCUGUGCCCAUUUCCGAUGACGGUGAAGAUGAAGAUGUGGACGAGGACGAUGAUGAUGAAGAGGAGGUGGUGGUAGCGCUGUAUGACUUUCCGGCGACCGAGCCACAUGACCUACGUCUGAUAAAAGGUGACGAGUACAUCAUCGUGGAGAGGUCCGACGCCAACUGGUUCAAGGCGCGCAACCACUACGGUGAGGAAGGCUACAUUCCAAGUAACUAUGUCACAGAGAAGAUAUCUGGAAACCUGGUGCAGUAUGGCUGGUACAGUAAACAGGUGAACAGGAACAAGGCAGAGGAGCUGCUGAGGAACGAGGACAAAGCGGGAGCCUUCAUGGUGAGAGACUCCAGCACCCCGGGAACCUACACGGUGUCUGUGUACACCAAGGCCCCCGCAGGAGACGGCGGCGGAGCCAUCAAGCAUUACCACAUUAAGAAGACGGAGGCUUCACCCCCCCAGUUUUACCUGGCUGAGAAGCACCUGUUUUACUCCAUCCCGGAGCUGAUCGAGUACCACAAACACAACGCAGCAGGUCUGGUGACCAGGCUGCGAUAUCCGGUCGGGAAACCGGACAAAUCUGCUCCGUCCACGGCCGGCUUCAGUUACGAAAUGUGGGAGAUCAACCCGAGCGAGCUGACCUUCAUGAAGGAGCUGGGCUGCGGUCAGUUCGGACAGGUGCGGCUGGGGAAGUGGCGGGCUCAGCACAAAGUGGCCAUCAAGUUCAUCAGGGAGGGGGCCAUGUCUGAGGAGGACUUCAUCGAGGAGGCCAAGAUCAUGAUGAAACUGUCCCACCCCAAGCUGGUGCAGCUGUACGGCGUGUGCAGCCAGCAGAAGCCCAUCUACAUCGUCACCGAGUUCAUGGAGCACGGCUCCCUGCUCCACUUCCUGCAGCGGGGGCGGGGUGGCUUCAGCCUGGGGUCCCUGCUGAGCAUCUCACUGGACGUGUGUGAGGGCAUGGAGUACCUGGAGGCCCACGGCUUCAUCCACAGAGACCUGGCUUCCAGGAACUGCCUGGUGAACGACUCCCUGGCGGUGAAGGUGUCAGACUUCGGCAUGACCCGGUUCGUGUUGGACGACCAGUACACCAGCUCGUCCGGCGCCAGGUUUCCAGUCAAGUGGUCACCGCCGGAAGUCUUCAACUUCUGCAAGUACAGCAGCAAGUCGGACGUGUGGUCCUAUGGUGUGUUGAUGUGGGAGGUGUUCACUGAGGGCCGCAUGCCGUUCGAUAACAACCUCAACCACGAGGUCGUUACCCUGGUAAUGCAGGGACACCGCCUCUACAAGCCCAAGUUGGCCACGCCCACCCUGUAUGAGAUCAUGCACCUCUGCUGGAAGGAGAGACCCGAGGACCGGCCCAGCUUCUCCAGACUCUGCGUCAUGCUCUCCGACACUCUGGAGGACGGCUGACCUCCUCCACGCUGCCUCUGGUGGCCACAUCACGCUGAUGCCAGCUUCAGUAGAACCGACCGAUGAAGAGGAGAAGUGAAGCAGCUGAUUUCCCGCCGAGAACUGCCAGCAGUUCAGGAAAACGUUGGAUCAGGAGGUCAGGCAGAACGGCUGACCCGGACGAGCCGCUCCAUCACAAGGUUCUGGUUCUGUUAAAGAGGAACAGAUGUGUAGAUUUUUGCUGAAGAUCCUCACAAAGUCUAGAUUUUUUUGAUGCUGUUGUUUUUCUCAAAGAUCAUGUUUUUUGAUGUUUUGUGUCAUUUUCACAACCUUCUAAUAAAGCAUUGAAAACUAAAAGCA